GUUCAGCUUGAAGUCGGCCAACUUGUCAACAUUCUAAAUUUAUUGUCUACCCGAUGGUAAUAUAUUAAGCAUAACCAAACUUUUAUUGAUUAUGAAGUAUUGACUGUGUGGUCUUUUUAAAUUUCUAGCUUUUAUUCUGAAUAUUAAUAAUAAUAAUUUGAAAAAUUCUUUCCAUAUUCUUAAAAAAUAAGGUUGUUGGGAGAUAAAUUUCCUCAGACGCUAGGUGUAAUUAUUUUUCAAUGGCGUGAUCUUUGCGACUUGUAUUGGAUGUUCUAAGUGGGAGAAACAAUGGAGCCGAUGUACAUAAAAGACAUACGACCCGACUCUAAAAACAUGAAUCUGACCUUCAUAGUUUUGGAAGUGGGAAAUCCGACUUUAUUGAAGGACAACCGGGAAGUGCGGACGUUGAAGGUGGCCGACGCGACCGCCUGCAUCAAUUUGUCGGUUUGGGAUGAGCCUGGUAGGUUAUUGAUGCCAGGAGACAUAGUGCGCAUGACCAAAGGCUACGCGGCCGUUUGGCGCACAUGUCUCACACUUUACGCCAGCAAAAACGGCGACUUGGACAAAAUCGGCGAGUUCUGUAUGGUGUUCAACGAACAGCUCAACAUGAGCGAACCUAACCCUAACUUGGCAGGAGUGUCAGGGGGGGCUAGUGGAACCGGUGGCAACGGCGGGAAUGGGGCUGGGGGAGGCGACCCCCACUUCUAACCCCCAGCUCUGCCCCGGCAGCGACAGUAACCUCGCAGCAGUCUUCACAAAAUCAAUCCAGCACAGGUAAGAGCAGUGGCAGCCGGUACAGUAACGAGCCGCCACAGCUGGUCCCUCAGGUGCCUCUGUCGUCCGUCAACAAGUCAAAAUCGGCAUCUAGGAGUGAUAGUAGUGGAGCGGGGGGAGGGGGAAGGUCUGGACAACGUAACUCGUCAACAGUGCGGUCAGAGAGACGUUAAUCAUUUCACUCUAGGUGAAAGUGUGUUACUCUUCACAUCAAACUGACUGUCAGCAUUGGUUGCAUGCAAAGCAUUGAUGUUUUUUUUAUGAUCGCAUUUUUAAGAACGCUGCACACUGAAACAAAUUGGCAACAAACUACUGCUAUUUGUUGAAACUCAGUUGACAACUCUGGUGUAAACGCAGCUCAACUGUAAAUGAAACAACCUGAUUAUUGAGUAACUUGAGUUUAAUGCAAAAAAGCUCUAUAACAGCUAUGAAUUUUCCAUUCAGUAAUAAGACGUAAAAACUAGAUAAUUGAAAACCAACUUAUUUAUUUAUUUAUUUAUUUAUGGAGACAACAGGUUACCCCUAAUGUGUCUCCUUCACAAAUACAACAAUACAAGAUUAACAAUGAGCAAUGUAACUUACAAUUCCAAUAAUGUUAAAAGAAAAAAAUAUAUAGAAAUACAAGAGAAGGAAAAAAAUAUAUGUAUACAAGAAAAUUAUCAUAAAACUGAAUAUAGAAAUGAAAAGAUUCUUAAAUUAAAAUAAAAAAUGUUUCAAAGAAUGGAUAAAACUAACAAAUGAAUGUCAGAGGACUGAUACCUGCCAAUGAAGCAACAAAAUGAGUAAGAAGUACACAGUGCAAUAGAUACAAACUUAUAUAGGCUUAUUACGAUUUAGUGCAGAAUGGUCAUCACUCUUUUAAGCCUCUACACAUUAAAUAACCAUGAUAUUAUGUUUUUUAUACAUCAAAGCACAUUAAAAAUUAUCAUCUUUGGCAAACUCAAUGCAAUGUCUUAAUUUCUAGUAUUACUUUAUACUUCAUUUUUUGUAUACUUAAAUUGAAAAAAAUAAACAAAAUAUUCACAAAAAAAUCUACUAUGAGGAAAGUUUUUUAGUUAAUAUUAUAUUAACUAAAUUAUAGUUAACUAGAAAAUAUAUUAAAUUUAUUCAUGAUGUUAGAAGCUCAGUUCCUAUUGUUAGAUUCAGAAUGAAAACUAGGUAUACUGGGAAACUAGAUGGCUUUUGAUGUUCACACUUUCUAUCUGUCUAUAUACAUUCUGUAAUAUGUUCUGGUGUCUGAAAGAGAAUAAACGAACAAAUUAUUGAUUGAA